CUCGGCUCUCUCCGGUCGCCCUGUUCGGUGUUGCGUUCGCUGAGGGUCGUGAGGCGUCUGACAGGCGGACCAAGCGGCCCGGGAGCUUCUAGACCCGGGACGCUGGACCGGGAGCGGCGAGAUAUACUACAUUUCUGAAUGUAAACCAUGGAUGAAGAUCAGGAUGAGCCGAUUAAUAGAAAUGCAACACUGGGAAAAGCACAAAGAAAACAGGAAGUCAUUUCCAUUUUCAGUGAUGAAGAGGAGUCCACUAGUGAAGAUGGUGAUGACAUGGAUGAGGGCGAUACAGAUGAUGACGAUGAUGGAGAAGGAGCAGAGGAUGAUGACCUAGAGGAUGAAGAGGACGAGGAGGAGGAGGAUGAGGAGGAGGAGGAGGAAGAUGAUGACGAGGCUGAUGGUGCUGCUGAAGGAGUGGACACUGAGAAGCCUGGCUCUCGAGAGAAGUGGGCAGGUGGCUCUGAUGAGGAGGGUGAGAAUUGCCCAAUCUGUCUGAAUGCUUUCCGGGAUCAGGCUAUUGGAACUCCAGAGAGCUGUGUGCAUUACUUCUGCCUUGAUUGCAUCCUUGAAUGGGCAAAGAAUGCCAAUUCAUGCCCUGUAGAUCGAAUAACUUUCAAGCACAUCUGUGUUCGUACACAUUUCGGGGGGACAGUUUUAAAGAAGCUUCCAGUGCAGAACCCUAAUAAAGACAAUGAAGAGGGGCAAGAGGACGUGACAAACUGUGAGGUGUGUGGACGAAGUGACCGGGAAGAUAGCCUUCUCCUCUGUGAUGGUUGUGAUGCGGGGUAUCACUUGGACUGUCUCACUCCUGCCCUUCACACUGUCCCAGUGGAAGAAUGGUUUUGUCCGGAAUGUGCUGUCAACAAUCCCACAGCUGCUGUUGAAGAGAUCGAUGAUGAAGAGCUUGCAUUCCUUGUUGCUGAUGCACCCCAAGAGCCCACUACUUCUCGGUUACGUCCGACUGCUAGAAGAACCCGGGCCAUAGCAAGAACUCGUCAGAGUGAGAGAGUCCGAGCAAAUGUGAACAGGAGCAGGAUUACCCGUGCACAUCAAAUCAGGGAUGUUCCCCAGUACCUGAUGAAUGCAAGCCUGCUGGACGAAACCAUUGAGAGUGUCGUUGCAGGCUUAAAUACUGCCGUAUAUCAUCGGCCCCUCGCCCCUCGAGUUCGAAGCACAAAGAAACGUAGGAAAAGAACAGGUAAAAAAAGGAAGAGAGCUGGAACACAGAAACCUCGCAGUAGAGCCAGCCUCUCGUCUGGAACUAAGGUCGGCGAAAAGGCCACAAGGAAACGCAGGAGAAAGGCGAGGAGAAAGAAAGGCACAAAGAAGGUGAUUAAGCCGAGCAUCACAGCACGCUCACGCAUUGCAAAGAGCCUUGGCCUGGGUAAACCUGUAAACGGGAUCUCAGUUCCCUCUGUGUACAAGCCACUGGAGCCGUCCCUGAAGGUUAUGCGGACAGACAUUGGAGCGGCUUCGUUGUCUGUGUAUGGUGACCCAAAUGACCUGGAUCCAUUUGAAAGUGCUGCUGAACCUGUGUAUGGUGACACUACAAACCUUGGGUCCCCCCUCAGUAACAAGAGAAGGAUGCUUUCCCGCUCAGCCCUGCGAUCUCAUCGGCCAGUCGCCCGACCCAUUUCUGUAAAAAUCGCAAGUAAUGGGCGACUACCAGCUGUGGCGCAGGAGGCAGAACCAGAAGCCGUGCCUGUACCUGAUGUGCUGGCAAAUAUCCUCGCUGAGCAGAACGUUCUCCUGAUGGAUAGUUCCAACAUUGUGAUCAAUAGGGAUGGAUCCCUAAAGGCUAAAGUUGCAUUGGGCCAACGUACGCUGUUACCGUCAGGUAGCAGCAGAACAGAUGAGACUUCCAGUGGGUGUUCGUCAACAAGUGCUUAUAACUCAGGGAACUCUACAAGUGCCCCAAAAGGGGAUUGGAAAACUGCUGGUUUCACUACUACCAAGAAAUCUGCCUCGACUACUUUUCCAUCAACGUCUGAUUUCCCAUCAAAUCCACGGCAGCAAGCGGCAUCCAGCAAUCUGCGACCUGCCUUUUCAGGAACGUUUACUCCCAUGCCUGAGGUAUCCGUUGGCCCCAGGCCUGGAGAAUCUGUUUCGUUCUCUGCUACACAACGGACAGGAGCACCUAGUAAAAGUGCAGGGGACAAUCAGAAGGGUACCAGUGGCUUUACACCUUUCAGAUGGUUAAAUAGUGCCUCCAAUUUACAUAUUAAAAACAACGUGGGCACAUUGAACCGAGUUCCACCGAAACCAGCUCCUAGGAGGCUUGAUAUAUCUGAAUUCCCUAGAAUACCAAAGAUCAAGAGUCAGACCGGUAGUAAUACACAAGGUAAUGGAAUAGCUGGUAUAAACAGACUCGUGGGCAGUCACCAGACUACUCAGGCUGCAGGCUCUACGGCGUUGGAAAAGAGUGGUGAAAGACCAUUCCAGGAAAGACUUCAGUUUUCUCUUGCCUCAAGCUCGGCCAACUCCUCCAGUAUUUUCCAGGGAAAGCUCCGAGCUCAGGACGCAGUUCCCAGCUCGUCUGCUCAAAAUUGUAUAAAGGUGAUGAGUGGGACUGACCAUUCAGCAAGGCUGCCUAAGUUGGAUGCCUACGACCCAUUCGAACCCACAGAUGAUGAAAUUCAGCUCUGUGGUAAAAAAGGCAAUAAUUCACCAUUGCAGCCAAAUGUAAAAAGUGCAGAUGAUAUAUAUGAUCCUUUUGAACCCACGGGUUCUGACCCAAGUUCGUCCAAUUCCACCCCUGAUAGGAAUGAGUCAAGAUCUGAAAGUCACUCUCCAGCAUCUAGCCCUGGCAAUGGUGUGUCAGUAGGAGAUGAACACAGAGAUGAAACAUUAAGUCUUUAUUUUGAUUCUGAUGCAGCACAGUUAUCCUACACACAACAAACUGAACCUUGUGAGAUCAAAACUGAAGCUCGAGGAUCAGAAAACCCAGCUGAGGCUCCUGAUGCUCAUGAUUCUUUUGCUGUACCCACUUUGGACUCUGACUUGGAAGCUUCUGGUGACUCUCAAGUUACUGCUGAAGCCAAGGAUAUGAAAUUGAGUGCUGAGUCCAGUGUGAGCAAGUGGGAUAACAUGCACAGAAACCAAAGGUAUUGCAGCUUUUCAAUGUCUGAAGGUGGACACAAGUCUGAGCAACAGGCAGUUAAUGCAGACAGUGAUGGUGUUUCUUCUUGUGCAUGUUCUGAUGAAGGGACUUUGAAAGUAGUUAACAAGACUGUUCCCACUAGUAUGAGAACUGAUGUAGAUAUUUCUUCAGAAAAUGACCUAAGAAACAGAGCUGAUAAAAAAGUCCACACUGAAUCAAAGGUUCGCUCAAGGUCAAGAUCAAGUUCUCACAGCCGACGUAGAAGCAAGAAUUUGGUUCGCGAGAGUCAUGGGGGCUACAGAUCAAGGACAAGAUCAAAGGAGCGGAAAAGGUUGAGAUCACAUUCGAGAGAACGACGGAGAUCAAAGUCCAGAUCACGGUCUCGGUCCAGCGGCUCUGACAGGUACAGGAGACGGAAAAUGAAACAGGAGAGAUGCAGGGAAAAGAAGGGAAGACGUUCUAGAUCAAGGUCAAGAGAACGAAGGUCAGGCAGCUCAUCCUCUGAUGCGUCUACUGACAGCCGCAAGAGGAGGAGGAAAGUCUCAGGAUCAAAGGACCACAAAGGUUCUUACAAACACUCCCGAAGCAGCAGCGAGAAAGGCAGAAGAAGGCAGUACCGACGGGAACAAAGUCGGGAACAGUAUGAAAGACGAAGCAGGCGGUCAACCUCCUGGUCAAGGGAGAGAAGACGUUCAAGAUCCAGUUCUAGAUCCAGAGAUAAGAAAAAGCCAUGGCCUAAAUUUAGGGAGAAGACAAGGUCUUGGUCCAGGUCUAGUUCUAGAGAAAGGAGAUCACGGUCUAGAUCCAGCUCACGGGAUAAGAGGAGGUCACGAACUAGAUCAAGUUCAAGGGAGAAGCGAAGGUCUUCUAGGUAUAGGGAAAAACGAAGAUCAAGAACUCGAUCGAGAUCCAAAGAGAGAAGGAAACCAAGGACUCGAUCAAGGACUCGUUCGAGGUCAAGGGACCAGAGUAGGUCAAGGUCUAGAGAGAGGGGCUCACAGUCAAAGUGGCAAGCCCCGGAAGUCGAAAGAAGACGGAUUUUUUCUCAGGAGAAAGUAAUAUCUGGUGAGAAGGAUCAAGAGCAAAAGAAAGCUUCACCUUCCACCAAACCAGAAUCUUCCGAGGGGGAUGCCUUAGUGCAGGAGCUAAUAAUUUCUUGUAGUGCUGAGAGCCCACAGGGUGUUAAUGAUUUGCCUGUUGAUCAGAGCUCUUCUCAUCCAAUAGUCCUAAAAGAAGAAUCAAUGGCGCACAGUGAUAAAGUACAAGAAGAAUCAAAACAAUUGGAACUUCCUGAGCAAAGCAAAGAGUCCAGCUACCAAAGUGAGAACUUGGGAGAAAACAACGUGGAUAUUUUUGCUUCAGUUGAUUGUGUUUGGGAAAGUUCCGGCACACAGACAAGGCAAACUGAAAUGGAAACAAGAAGUCAAAAUGUUUCCUCCAAGUAUUUCCGAAUGAGAAGUCCUUGUUAUCAGGCACAUGCUGUCACAGAUGAGGUUUCUAUUCCCCUGAUUGGUCUCAGUAAAGAAGAGGAGAGUGCACCUUUGACAAUAAAUGAAGAUGCUUUGAGGCCUCAAGCUGAACCAUUUCCCCUACCUGUUCCCGCUGCACCUGAUGCACCUUUUGCUGGAGCUGACACUUCAAACUCUGCUAAACCAGCGAUACCUGCAGGUGUUAAACCCGUGACGCCUGCAGGUGUUAAACCCGUGACGCCUGCAGGUGUUAAACCCGUGACGCCUGCAGGUGUUAAACCCGUGAUGCCUGCAGAUGUUAAACCCGUGAUGCCUGCAGAUGUUAAACCCGUGACGCCUGCAGAUGUUAAACCCGUGACACCUGCAGAUGUUAAACCCGUGACAUCAGUAGAUGUUAAACCCUUGACACCUGUAGAUGUUAAACCCUUGACACCUGUAGAUGUUAAACCCUUGACACCUGUAGAUGUUAAACCCUUGACACCUGUAGAUGUUAAACCCGUGACAUCAGUAGAUGUUAAACCCGUGACACCUGUAGAUGUUAAACCCGUGACAUCAGUAGAUGUUAAACCCGUGACAUCAGUAGAUGUUAAACCCGUGACACCAGUAGAUGUUAAACCCGUGACACCUGUAGACAAUCAAAAAGAAUCUGUGGGCAUAAGUACAACUGAGCAGCUACACUGCUCUGUCCCUCCAAGUACUGAGGCAGUAACCUCCUUUAAGAGUGAGCAGGCAGAGAGCUUUGCAACAGAUGUGUGCCUCCAGAAGAAAGGUCCAAAGCCAGAGACUGUUUGCCUUGCUUCAAACAGCAUAACUAAGCAAGAGGAAACACGAAUUGAUGUGGUUAGAAAUGAAUCCUCAGAGAAAAGGCUGGGAUCAGUGAAAACAGAGAGUAGUAAGGAAUGUGGAGUGAUCCCACUCUUGCAGUCGACAGACCCUGUGAAAAUAAAGGCAGAGACUGAACCAGCUUCACAAAACACUGGAGUGAAAGCCAAGCCUCUUGUCAAGAGAGUAACUUGGAACUUGGAGACAGAGAAGGAUGAGCCUCCCUCUGGGAGGCCUGCAAGGACUCCAAUGUCCUACAGGACGCACAGAUAUAACAAAGAAAGCAGCUGGAAACCUCCAGAAACAAGUCAACCAUCGAACCAAGUGCCGAUCUUCCAACCUCCAGCACCAAAUUAUAUGAUCCCUCCGCCUAUUUUCCCCGGUCUGUUUCCACCUCAGGCCUUUAACCAACUCAACAUGCCGCCUCCAUUCAUGCCGCCGUUCCCACCGCUGCAUCCACCACCGUUCGCACCAGUCAGCCAGCCGGCCCCUCCCUACAUCAUGCAGGGGAACAUCCCUCUGAUUGGCUCCACUCCUGUGCCUCCGUUACUCCCACAGCCCACCUACCAAGCUGGUACUGUUGCUGCUCCGGCUCCGGCUCCGGCUCCGGCUCCGGCUCCGGCUCCUGAAACACACGUAUCGCAAGUGGAAGGGAAUGUGGAUGCUGAUAACAAGCCCUGCGAGGACAGAACUCAGAACGAGAAUUAUAUAAAGAAACUUCAUGUGCAGGAGAGAGCUGUUGAAGAGGCUAAAUUAGCAUUAAAGCCGUAUUACCAGAAUAAAGAGAUCACCAAAGAAGAGUACAAAGAGAUUCUGCGUAAAGCAGUGCAGAAGAUCUGCCACAGCAAGAGUGGUGAAAUUAACCCAGUCAAGGUGGCUAACCUUGUGAAAGGGUACGUGGAGAAAUACAAACACAUCCGAAAGCAUAAGAAGGGGGCAGAGGGAGAGACCAGCAAAGAGACAGGCGCAAAAGCUGAGGAAAGCUGAAGGGCGUGAGAUCUGCUCCGACAGAUGGUUCAUUGUACAGUCCCUCCCGUGAAUGUGGAGGACACAAAGACCAAUCCAAACAGAGCAACGUUGACUGCAGCACCCAGACUCUCUAUUUCACGGUAUUGUCAGUCAAUGUGUAGCGGCUCCUGGGAGAAAGGAAAAAUCCCGGCUAGAAGAUGAGCUGGAACCUUCCUGCCUGCUUUAUUUUCCUGUACAAUAGAACAAAAUUUCACACUGUGACUGUCCAUCUUCCCAUGAAUCCGGUUUGUAGACAUUGCCUUUAGCAUAAUGUUCCUUUUACUUAAAAUGGAUUGAAUACUUGAAGCUCUGUUUAGUCGGUCUGAUUCUGCCUGAAAAAGGUCAAAGUCUAAAUAACUCGGGUUUAUAAAACAUUGGUCACUUUUUCAAACAGUCUCUUAUUUUUUAGGUUCCUCAUUUCUGGGUAAAACGUAACAUACUUUGGCUUCUCAAAGUCUGCUCUAAACUGCUUGUCAUAAAUCAUAAUUUAAAAGCCAUAAUUGCAUCUUUUAAUGCUGUAAAUAAUAUUUGAAAUCCACUUGUUAGAGAAUUGGAGUGCUUUCUUUUCUCUUCCCCAGUAUGAACAAUUCUGGGUUUGUGAUGAUAAAAAUGCAGUGUAAAUGG